AUGGUACGUGUUGAUAUUCACUCGCAAACAAAAGACACCAUUUUUAAAGUGUACAAUUAUUUUAAAAAAUUGUCAAAAGACCAAACGAAUCCCGAAGUUGCGAAAUAUUUUUCCCUGCCUCAAUCAGUAACUGCGGAAGCAUGCGGAGUCAGUCUUAGUACGGUCAAAAGAAUAACAAGUGAAGGUAACAAAUCGAUCGCGAAUGCAGAACCAGAGGCCGGCCCUUCAAAUCCUUCAUUUAUUUCUCCACGUAAACAAUAUAAGCGAGUUAAAUAUGCAACGGACAUUGACGACUUUGAUGCGGAUAUUGUUCGGAGAACUAUCCAUGAGUUCUACGAUAAUCUUGAGUAUCCUACAUCAACUAAAUUGCUGAGUAAGUACCAAGAAAAAACUGACUACAAGGGAUCCAAGACUUCUAUGUGGCGAAUUUUAAAGUCGUUACAUUUCAAAUAUAAGAAAUGUAACGAUGGUAGAAAAUUUCUUAUGGAAAGAAAUGACAUAGUUGCAAUGCGUGUAAAAUUUUUAAGAACGAUGUGUAAUUUACGUCAAAAUAAUGACACUCGCCCUGUCGUUUAUUUGGACGAGACCUGGGUAAAUCAAAACCAUACUCGCGGAUAUAUAUGGCAGAACGAAAAAAAUUCUGAAGGGUUGAAGGUGCCUACUGGAAAAGGUAGUCGUUUGAUUAUCUGCCAUGCCGGGUCAAGUUCAUUUGGAUUGAAUGUAGACUACCAUGCCCAAAUGAAUUCGACAAUAUUUAAAAAAUGGUUCGUUAAAAUGUUGAACCAUUUGGAAGAACCAUCCAUUAUCGUUAUGGACAACGCGUCAUACCACUCCACUUUAACAGUAAAUUACCCGAAGUCAAACGCGAAAAAAUCUGAUAUCCAACAGUGGUUAUCCGAUAAAAAUAUAGAUUUUUCUCCACUAGAAACUGUGAGUGAGUUACGUGAACGGGUAAAAGCUGCAACGCCCAAGGAAAAGGAAUAUGAACUCGAUGGCAUUGCAUUACAAAUGGGACAUUUGGUUGUACGAUUACCGCCAUACCACUGUCAGUAUAAUCCCAUCGAGCUCAUAUGGGCUCAAAUCAAAAAUAAGGUUGCCGAAUUGAACACCACUUUCAAAAUUGCCGAUGUCGAAAAACUUGUGGACGAAGUCAUAGACUCGGUUACGGUCGAAGAUUGGAAACGUUGUGUCAAGCACUGCGAAGAAUUGCAGGAAUCAGACUUUAUAAAAGAAGGUUUACGGGACGACAUUUUAGAACCCAUAAUAAUAACAAUAAAUCCCGAUGAAACCAGCGACAGUGAAGAUGACGACGAAGACUUUUAA